GCGCUGUUGUGCACAAACGUCGUGUCUGGCUGUCUUGUACUCGCCUCCUGCCGGCCACACACCGGCCACACACGACAGCUCAUGGGAAUCCCACAGCUGAGUCGUGCUCUAGUCCGAUCAGGGUUACUCCACUCCACUCCACUCCACUCCACUCCACUCCACUCGACUGACAACUCUUCUUCAACAGACACGGGACCCUCAUUAUCUCCUUCUUCCGCCGGUCGACUCGCCACGAUCGGUCCACAUGCUGCCUGGCCCACUUAA